AAAGUGGAAAGAAAGAGAAAAAAAAAAUGAGUCAACAAGAUGGAGAAGCAAUUCCAGCCGACCAUCUGUUCAAAAUCGAUUUUGUAAAUGAUCAUUGAUUUGUACUACAACGUUUUAAAUCGAUUUUUGUGUGUACUACCUUUGUUUUGUAGUACAACACAGAAUAGUAUUCCCAUUCUUUUAACAUGUUGAGUUUGUUUACAUUCAUCACCUAUAAAUUUACUUACUCUCCUUUGCUAAUUUGCGCACUGAAUAAUCCCAAUUUUGAGAAUUUAGUGAUUUGAUUGAAAUACAAAAAGUAAUGGGCUUUUGGGUUUAAUUUCUUUUUUUUUCUUUUUUUCUUUUUUUUCCCUGGAGAGUCUCUGUUUAUGUAAAUGCAAAGGAAGCCAGAGACCCAUCUGGUGGUUCGGUGUUGGUGAUGAUUUGACCCUUUUGGCGACCUUUUCUGGUUUUCUUUUUUUUUUUUUUUUUUUCUAAAGAUUUCUCAACACAUACAUUAAUUUCGAGAAUUACCCAGAAAAAGGUCAAGACUUUGAUCAUUCAAAUGGGGAACAUGGGUGUGGAAGAGUCGAGCCAAAUUCAGAGAGAAGACGCAGAAGAGGUGGCAAAUGAGGCGGUGCCAGAGGAAGACGUAAAGAGAACUCCGCCGUGGAGAAAACAGAUCACAAUCAGAGGAAUUAUAGCAAGCUUACUGAUUGGGAUCAUUUACAGUGUGAUAGUAACGAAGCUCAAUCUCACAACAGGACUCGUUCCUAAUCUCAACGUCUCGGCAGCUCUUCUUGCCUUUGUGUUCAUCAGAACAUGGACGAAGCUGCUUCAAAAGGCCGGGAUUGUCUCAACUCCGUUCACUCGACAAGAGAAUACCAUAAUUCAGACAUGUGCAGUGGCAUGUUACAGCAUUGCUGUUGGAGGUGGCUUUGGGUCAUACCUGUUGGGAUUGAACAAGAAAACAUAUGAGCAGGCAGGGGUUGAUACGGAGGGGAAUCCACCAGGGAGCUAUAAGGAACCUGGGGUUGGUUGGAUCCAUUUGAAUAUUAUAGAUAUUUAA